AUGCCGGCGGCGGCGGGCGACGGGCUCCUGAGCGAGCCGCCGGCGGUGGCGGGCGGCGGCGGCGGCGGCGGGGAGGCGCGGAAGGCGGCGGCGGGCGCGGAGGGCAGUUUCCUGGCCGCCUGGCUGAGCGCGGCGGCGGCGGCGCCGCGGGAGCGUCUGCGCGACUUCCAGCACACCAAGCGGGUCGGCAACUACCUGAUCGGCAGGAAGCUGGGAGAGGGCUCCUUCGCCAAGGUCCGGGAGGGGCUGCAUGUGCUCACCGGAGAGAAGGUGGCAGUGAAAGUAAUUGACAAGAAAAGAGCCAAAAAGGACACCUAUGUCACCAAGAAUCUGCGACGGGAAGGGCAGAUCCAGCAAAUGAUCCGCCAUCCAAAUAUUGCUCAGCUGCUGGAUAUACUAGAAACUGAAAACAGCUACUACCUUGUCAUGGAGCUAUGCCCUGGUGGCAACUUGAUGCACAAGAUCUAUGAGAAAAAAAGACUUGAGGAGCAUGAAGCGCGCAAAUACAUCCGGCAGCUUAUCCUGGCGGUUGAACAUCUUCACCGGGCAGGAGUAGUUCACAGAGACUUGAAGAUAGAAAAUCUGUUGCUAGAUGAAGACAACAAUAUCAAGCUUAUUGACUUUGGAUUGAGCAACUGUGCAGGCAUCUUGGGUUAUUCUGAUCCAUUCAGCACCCAGUGUGGGAGCCCAGCAUAUGCAGCCCCUGAACUUCUGGCAAGGAAAAAAUACGGACCCAAAAUAGACGUUUGGUCCAUUGGGGUGAACAUGUACGCAAUGUUGACUGGAACAUUACCUUUUACCGUGGAGCCAUUCAGCUUGAGAGCUUUAUACCAGAAAAUGGUGGACAAAGAAAUGAACCCUUUUCCCACCCAGCUCUCUGCAGCGGCCAUAAACUUUCUACGAUCUCUACUAGAGCCAGAUCCUGCAAAGAGACCAAACAUCCAGCAGGCGCUUGCAAAUCGAUGGCUUAAUGAGAAUUACCCUGGGAGAGCACCGCCUAAUGUCACAUAUCCAAACAGGAUUCACCUUGAAGACCUCAGCCAAAGCGUGCUGCUCCAUAUGACCGAGAAGCUCGGCUACAAGAACAGCGAUGUCAUCAACACUGUGCUCUCAAACAGAGCAAGUCACACGCUUGCCAUCUACUUUCUACUUAAUAAGAAACUGGAGCGCUACUUGGCAAGCCUUAGGAAGUCUGAAGGCCAGGACAAUAUUUGCCACAAGAACCAACUAUACCAGAUAGAAAAAUACAAGGCAAAUAAAGAUUCCUAUGAGGUGCAGCCCCAGCAUUGCAGCCUAACCCGCGUGUGGCAUCGGAGCCCGCGGUUGCAGAGCGAGGGCUGUAUUCCUCCAGAUCUUGUUCAGACGGAAGAGAAUAAACCAAAUUGUUCUUGUUUGUUUUACAACUUAAAGGACAAAAAACUCAAAGAACAAGAAAAGAAAGGGGAGAUUCUUCACCGUCAGCUCCCAAAGAAAACUGAGAAAAGUCCAGUUUCAUAUAGACAGCCUUCUUCCUGUCUUAUCUCACAGAUACAGAACACCAAGGCUCUGCUGAAGGACCGGAAGGUCACCAAGGCUGGAGGUCCGGAGAAAGACUCCAGCGGUGGGGUGAGCCCUUUCCACGAACCCCUGGCCACCAAGACAGGCUGCGUCACUUCCAGCUCCCUGGAGUACCUCGAAGUCCAGCAGCCGCCCCCCAGAACCCCUCGGCUCCUCAAGAGGCAGGAGUCUCCGCAGCAGGAGCCGGCCCGGAUCGGGGGCCGGGCAAAGGACUCUCCUCUCAUCCUGAAUAUCGUGCACUCCUUCGAGUCGGUUGACAGAGAGGACCAAAUAGACCAGGUUUCCCCCUCUCAUCAGUACAGGAUUUUAGGCUCGCCAAUGAAUUUCCCUUACAAAAGCUCAAGUGAAAGGACACUGUCCCCGCUUUUUCAGCCAGGGAGCGCGUCCCCCGUCCACCCUACCCAAGUCUCUUUCACGUAUGAAGAAAAAGCGUAUCCGGCAAAGGAAGAAGCAGUGUCCCCUACUCAGCUGGUUUCCAACAAUCCCUUGGGCAGCCCUAACUGUGUUAAAAGCAGAGGCAGAUUCCCCAUGAUGGGGAUCGGACAGAUGCUGCGGAAGAGGAACCAGACGAUGCAGUCAGCGAGCGACAAGCCGCUGGAAGCAAGGAUGCCUCAGCUGCAGCAGAUGAGCCCCACACAGAUUUCCUUCAAUGCAGCAGAUGCUGUCAGCGGCUAGUGUUAGUCUGACACCCCAGGAUUUGCACUGCUGUUCUCUGGGACCUAACCUUUUUUACUUUUACCAAGAAGGGAAAGCCACAGGCAUGUUACUGUCACUACAUAAUACACUACAGUGGUCCAACGUAGAAAAUCAGAGGUCUGCUUGUGAGGA